AUGGAAGCGGCCCGGCCGAACCGGCCCGCUGUCGCGCGCCGCGCCCAGCAGCUCCGUGCCGAAGGGCGAGCUGCGGAGCGGCUUCUGGCAGCUGUCGCGGCGCUCGCGAGCCACCGCGGCUCGGCGCCGAUCCGCCUGGGCGCCGCCGUGGCCGAGGCGUUGCGGACCGCGGAGGCGAGCGCAGAACGCAAGGCCACAGAGGCUGACGAGGAGGCGCCCCCCCCAGGCAGCGGAGGCCUAUCUCGACCAGCUGCGGCAGCGGCGGGCGGAGGCUGCGCGCCGCGAGGCCGCCGAGCGGCGGCCGCGGAGGCCGCGGACCUGGCGCCCGCGCGGGAGCAGGACGCCGAGGCCGAGGCGCUGGAGCCCGCAGCGAGUCGCGCGGCGACGCAGGUGGACCAGCGGCGAAAGCAGCGGGCGGAGGCCGAGCGCCGCGCGGCGAGGCUUGCGGCGGUGCUGGAGCGGACCCGCUUGCUGGAGCAGCUCAGCCGUGAGGCCGCGGCCGAGCGGCUGGCGGAGGCAGCGCAAUCCGAGCAGCGCCGCAAGACAGGCUAA